AUGGCUUCACUGGGCAUGCAGAUGCUGGGCAGUAUCCUUGCCCUCAUGGGUUGGGUUGGCGUCCUUCUGGCCUGCAUCCUACCAAUGUGGCGUGUGACUGCCUUUAUCGGCAUGACUAUAGUCACCUCUGAGACAAUGUGGGAGGGCAUCUGGAUGACCUGUGUGGUACAGAGCACAGGUCACAUGCAAUGCAAACCAUAUGAGUCCAUGCUGGCACUCACUUCUGAUCUUAAGGCAGCUCAGUUCCUAACAAUAGGAUCAAUCUUGACUGGAGCACUGGGUCUUAUUCUGGCCUUUGUUGGAGGUAAAUGCACCCGCUUUUUGGACUACAAAAGCAAACCAGAAAAGGCCAGAGUUGCCACGGCCGCUGGGGUGGCACUGAUCAUGUCGGGUUUGCUGUGUCUGAUUCCGGUCUCCUGGUCUGCCGUUGCUGUGGUCCAGAUUUUCCACAACCCACAGAUGACAGACUCACAACGCAGAGAGCUUGGCGCUGCAAUCUACAUCGGCUGGGGUGCUUCCAUUCUUCUGUUCUUGGGCGGCGGGAUGCUCUGCAGCACCUCGUGUUCUUCAAAUGAUGAGAGCCAAUCAGUCGAGUACAGGACUGUUCUCUCAUCCAGGGCUGGAUCUGGCAUCAGAGGUUCUCAGCAAGUACGGAUCCUAAGACCAGCUCAGAAUGGCCAUUCAUUGGGGAGGUCUGAACAAAGUGAUGAAGCUUCAGCCAAUCAGAGGCAAAACAAAACAGCAUUAGACAGAUCAAUGUCGGGCAAAGCAUCAUCUACAAAGUCACAGCUCAUCAUGGACAAGUCUGAUCAAAGUGAUGUGCCAUCUACAAAGUCGGGUUCUUCUCAGAGCUGGACAGCUUCACAACUAAGUGAAUCAGCUUCAGUCAAACAUGAGAAGACUUAUCUCUGA